UUAACUCUUACCUAGAGAAGAGCAGAUUGAGAAGAGAUUUCAUAGAUAUGCUCAACAUCAUGAAUUGCCUAGUCAGCAUCGAUGGAGAAAUUAUUCUCAUUGACAGAGGGUUGAGAACCAAACCCUCUUUUAAAGUGAUUGGCAGAAGAACCAACCGCGAUAUGAGAAACAACUUUUUUAUGCAGCGGGUGGCUAGGAUCUGGAAUUCACUGCCUGAGAAUGAGGCGGUUUCAAUCGUGGCACCUGAUGAGGGAAAGUUUGCAGGGCUUCGAGGAAAGGGCUGAGGAGUGGGAUUCAUUGAGCUUUUCUUGCAGAGAGUUGGCACGGACUUGGGGAAAAAAAGUCAAACACAACAAAUUUUACCUCGGUAAAGAUUUUAGAAUUUGUCCUCGAGCUUUCCUUCAAAUAAUUGGACUAAACUUUGAGCAGAAACUGCUAAAAGAAAAUAUUCCUCAGUAAAGUUGAUUGGUAUUGAUAGAUCAUAGAAAAUUAAAUGCAUUGUUCAUGCUUAGGCUGUUCACAACAACACAGUUCAAACAAAACAUCAAGUCUAAAGGCAAGAUUUUUGGGACUGGAUGAGUUCUUCAAAUAAAAGUUUUAACAAAGGCAUUAUAAGACAGAAAAUACAACUCAAAUGAUUUAUGCAUUUCGCCAUAACAUAAUUACAUUCUUUUUAGUUGUUUUGAACAUUAGAAAUUUUAAAAGCAUUUGAUGAUUGUUGGAACCCAAUGGAAAGAUUGUGCAAGCUGAUGGCUGGAUUGGGUAAUCAGUGAGGAGUUUUCCUGGUGUUUUCCAUUAGAAAUAGGGGUAAAGAGGUGUGACAGACAAUUAAUAGUUUUUGCAGUGAUCUUUUGUGCAGCCAUUUCAAGAAACCACUUCCUGUAGUUUUUCCACACCACCUGAGUUGAUCCUAUCUUAUGUGGAUGAUACAUUGCAUUUACAAAAGGGAAUAAAUACCAAAAGCAACUAACAUAAGCUUGCACUAUUUUGGCAGGCAGUGGAUUUCCUGUGGGUUAUCCAACAGAAAAUCAUAACUAGAUGAAUUGGCCUCCAAGUGUAGCAAUGAUACUGUAGGUAUAGAUGUAAGUACAGCUCCUGAAGGCCCAUCCAAUGAUAUUCUGAUGCAGUUGUGCCAUAGAAUGGUGAACACAGAUAAACCAUUUAUGGAGAGGUUUUUAAUCCUAUUGUACCACUGAGCUAAAAGCCCGAGUGCAAUCAUUCUCAUUAUGGAAAUUGAUUUAUUUUGCCAAUCAUACAUAAUUAGUUAUGCUUUAAUGUGAUUACUGUUACUAAAUUAUAAAUUAAAUAAGCAAGGUGCACCAUACAUAGCAAGUACAAGACAAAUUAGUGUUAUACUCAAGUCUGAUCUGUGUUCUUUUUCUCUACAGGCGAUUGUCUUCAGUAGCAUGGUAACCAUGGACGGGAGGCUGGAAAGUUUACUUGUCACUGUGAUCUCUUCUGUAAUAAUUGGAAUUUUCCUUCGAUGGACAUCUGUUUCAAAGCUUAGGAUCCUGUUGUAUGGCUGCUUCUGUCUGACCACAUUGAGUUCAUUUACUAGUGCAAAUAUGGAGGACUGCAAGAUAGCAGCAAGUCGUAGUGGAGUGGUUAUGCGAGUUGGACUGGAAAGUCGAUUUGCGGAACUAGUGGAGAAAGCUGAUUCCAUUCAGUCUUGCAGAGAUGCCUGCUGUCGGAAAUGCCACUGCAAUGUUGCAUGGCUACUGGAAGGGAAAUGCUACCUUUUAGACUGCAGGCAACAAGGAAACUGUCAGCUAGACCAAACAGGCAAAUCAGGUUCUCUUUUAAUGUUUAUUCAUAAACUUUCUCCUUGUGGGGAUUCACAGAGUCCUGUGCACAGAAUUUUAAAAGAAAAUUUUCAUUACAAAGCUGAAUCAAGGACUUCUGAUCUGACCACUACUGACAGAACCCUGGUUGUAGGUCACUUAUCUGGAAAAUCACUGGUAGCAAAGCAAAACAAAAUAUUUUCCAGGACAAGACGUGAGGCACCUGCACCAUCUGAUAGUCCUGUGAAGUUGCUACAAAUUGAUAAAGAAGCUACUUCUGAACAGUCUCAAACUGUACCACCUAUCAAUGGCAGCAAGGAAUUAAGGCCAUCUGGAAACACAGAUCAUAAAAGCACAAAGCAUUUAAAACCACAACAGCAUGCAAACGAAGAUCCACAGACCUCUCGGAAAAACCUCAAGGCAAAUGACACUUCGAGUGAUCAAAUUGCUAAACAUUCUGGACCCGUUUCAGAGGGGAGAGACUUGACGGCGAUACAGACUCUACCUCCAGAGAUCCAUGAAGGAACCUCUUUGCCAAACACUGCCUCUUUGGUGGUUUCUUCCUCUAAUUCCAAUUUGUCCAGUCCAUCAACCAAUCAGAAAUGGAUGCAAAUGAAUGCAACAAAUAACAGUAUCAUCGAGACAUUGCCAGUUACCACCAUUCCAACUCCAUUCCUGAGCACUGUACCAGCACAAGUAAAAACUACUGCGAUGGCACAAGGUAUAACAUCUGCUUCUACAUCCAAUAUUACAAGUGCUCCACAGGAACCAGCAAUGAAGGAAUUAGUUGUUUCUGCUGGAGACAGUGUGGAGAUCACUCUACCAAAGAAUGAGGUUGAGCUGAAUGCAUAUGUAUUGCCGGAAACGUCCAAAGGAUCGAGCUAUAAAUAUGAUUGGCAACUUAUCACACACCCACAGGAUUAUGUGGGAGAGAUGGAGGGCCAACACUCAAAGACUCUUAAACUCUCCAGACUUUCGGUUGGUAUCUACAUGUUUAAAGUAAUUGUUCAAGGAGAGUAUGCAUAUGGAGAAGGAUCAGUGAAUGUGUCUGUUAAACCAGCACCUCGUGUAAAUCAACCCCCAGUGGCUAUCGUCUCUCCAAAAUUCCAAGAGAUCUCACUGCCUACAACAUCUACUUUUAUUGAUGGGAGCCAAAGUACAGAUGAUGAUAAAAUCAUAAGUUAUCAAUGGGAGGAGGAGAAGGGUCCACUGCGAGAGGAUAAGGUGUUUGCAAAUACACAGAUAUUGAAACUGACCGACUUGGUUCCAGGCAAUUACACAUUCAGCCUGACAGUGGUAGAUUCUGAUGGUGCCAGUAAUUCAACCACAGCAGCCGUCACUGUGCAUAAAGCAGUGGACUAUCCACCUGUAGCUAAUGCUGGUGCAAAUCAGGUCCUUACACUGCCCAAGAACUCCAUCAUGCUGUACGGCAACCAAAGCACAGACGAUCAUGGAAUUGUCAACUAUGAAUGGUCCCUAAGCCCAAAGAGUAAAGGCAAAGUAGUUGAAAUGCAGGGUGUACGAACAUCAUCUCUCCAAUUAUCAGCAAUGCAGGAAGGAGACUACAUCUUUCAACUAACGGUCACAGACUCUGCAGGCCAUCAGGCUACUGCUGAAGUGAUGGUUAUAGUACAACCAGAAAACAAUAAAGCUCCGGUGGCUGAUUCAGGACCUGAUAAAGAAUUGACCCUUCCUGUAGACAGCACAAUAUUGGAUGGCAGCAAAAGCACAGAUGACCAGAAGAUCACUUCCUACAUGUGGGAAAAAACAAGUGGCCCUGACGGUGUGAAAAUUGAGAAUGCAGACGGUGCCAUCGCCACAGUGACAGGUCUUCAGGUUGGGUCAUAUGAGAUUACACUGACAGUGAAGGAUGAAAGAAACCUGGAAAGUCAUGAUUCUGUUAGAAUCAUUGUGAGAGAGGAAGUCAACAAGGCUCCAAUUGCUAAGAUAGCAAGGAAUGUAGUGAUCACCCUCCCCAGUAACACAGCUAUGCUUGAUGGAUCAAAAUCAUCUGAUGAUAAGGGAAUUGUCAGCUACCUGUGGAUGAGAGAUGAGAGCAGUCCAGCAGCUGGAGAUGUGCUGAAUAACUCUGAUCACCAGCCUGUGCUUUUCCUGUCUAAUUUGGUUGAAGGACUAUAUACGUUUUGCCUAAAAGUAACUGAUGCAAAAGGAGAAAGUCAUAUUGACAGGGCAACAUUGGAAGUCAGACCUGAUCCCAGAAAGAAUGAUCUUGUAGAAAUUAUCUUGGAUGUCAGUGUCAGUCAGUUAACCGAGAGGCAAAAGGGCAUGUUACUUCGGCAAAUAGCUGUUUUGCUUCGGGUCCUUGAUUCGGAUAUUACUGUACAGAAAAUUCAGCCAUACACUGAACAGAGCACACAGAUUAUCUUUUGUGUAAGGAAUACACAAGCACAUCAGGUAUUGAAAGGACAGGAUGUCGCUCGGAUACUGAAGAAUAAAUUUCGAAAACAGAAAUCAGACUUCCUAGUUUUCCGGGCUCUUCAAGUUGGUACAGUCAUCUGUCAGCUGAAUUGCUCAGAUCACGGUCGGUGUGAUUCUUUCAAUAAGCGUUGUCUCUGUGAUCCAUUCUGGAUGGAGAACUUCAUUCGAAUUCUGCUGGGAGAUGGAGAAAGCAACUGUGAAUGGAGUGUGCUCUAUGUUGUAAUAGCUGCGUUUGUCAUACUGGUCGCCAUUGGAAUUCUAGUUUGGAUGGUCCUCUGCUUCUGUAAAAGACGCAAAGGAAGACCUAGAAGAAAAAGCAGAUAUAAAAUACUAGAUGCUACAGAUGAUCAUGAAAGUAUGGAAUUGAAGUCUAGCUCCAAGCCAGUUGGCAGGCUGAAAGCUCCAGCACAGAACACCAGCUUAAUGGUUUCAGAAUCUGAACUUGACAGUGAUGAAGCUAUCUUCACCUGGCCAGACAGAGAGAAAGGGAAAUUACUGCGAAACCAGAAUGGAUCAAUCCACAAUGGCCAAAUAGCUCAAAAAACUAAGAAACAAAGGGAAGAAAUCCUAUAACUGGAAUCUAGCUGCCAGACUUAUAGAAGCUAUAGAUCUAGGGGAGAAACUGUCUCCCAGUAUUAUCUCUGCACAGUAAAAUGAAGAUUGAUCUGAAGCAAUAGUGACUGCUGUGCUGCAUGCAGAGUGUACACACUCCUUGUGAAAUGAGUCCGUUCAGCAUUCUAAUGCUUAAACCAGUCUACUUGUGAGGUUAACUGAACUAGUUUCUCACUGAAGACCAGAAAAAAGACUUGGGAGAGAUGCAAGCUGGCCAAAAAAAAAAACUUUGCAUUCAUUAAUUUUGAAAGCUGAAGCAUCACGUGCAGCCCUGUCUGCAUAUUGUGGUUUUGAAAUCCUGUGUUUCCAGUGAGACGUCCACGGGAAAUCUGUUGUACUGCAGCUUAAAAAAUUAUCUUGAAGCCAAAAAUGUUACGUGGGAACACAUUGGAUGUCUUGUGAACUUUAACUGUUACCUGAGGCUUGGAUCUGACCAUUUCCUUCAAUUCAGCAAUUGUAUAAAUCUGCUGAAAAUUCAUGGAAAACUGAAUACUGUGAUACUAAGCACUGUCCUGUAAUUCUGGAAAUUUUGCAACGAACUUCUACCUUUCUCCUGUUGAAGUAUCAUCAUGCAGGCGAACACAAAGGGAUUUGUUGUCUUCACCUGUUGUUAUUUAGAGUGAGUUGACUCCUGUGCAGAAGUGUUGCACAUUUGGCAAUGACCCUGUGUCAUUUUAGUUUUAUAAAAAUAAUUCUCACUACUGAUUUUUUUUUGAGUGUGUGUGUAUGUUAAUAUUGGGACUGUGUUGGUCUUCAAACCUUUUAUUAGUGUGAAGUAUUAACGAGGCAUUUUUAAUUUAUUCUUUGGGAAUGAACUGCUUUGCAAUGUUAUUCCCUUCCGAUGAAUGUAGGUCUUUAUUUGCUGCUGAUUUGUUUUUCCUUUAUUAAAAUCUGUGUCUUCCUUUUAAAUACACUGGCACCUGACUUCACAUCUUGAUACUGGUGGACGAUCCAAUUGAUGGUAAUUUAAUAUGACAAAUAAAUAGUGUAAUGAGUGAGGUGUUAGUGACACUCCCCUCCUUUCCUUCCCACCAACCCCCCCCCCCUCAACCUAGUGCCUUCCAGAAAUAGAAAUAAUAUUUUAACCAUUUUUGAAAUGUAUUUGUUGUACACCAAUAAAACAAAAUGCUGUGCUACUGAUAAUUAAAUAAAAAAAAGUUUUAAAAGAACUAUAUACCUUAAUUUAAAAUGGCAAAACAUUGGAAAAUUUGAUAACUGGAUCAAUUCUAGAUAAUGUGUUCAAAAGCAAAAUAAAACCUUUAAAUGACUUUGUCAAUCUGAUCUUUCAACAUUGGCAAGAGUGCACGAUUAAAUAAGGACUACAAGCAGCCAAAUUCUCUCAUCAUGCAAUUAAUAUAGUACUUCAGUAUCAUUUCUUAAAAUAUGCUGUAUCCUGCUACUAGGUACUGCUGUAAGUAAGCAUUCUAGCAAUUAUUUCAGAUAUAAUGUACCCUAAUCAACUGAACACUUAAAAAGAUUCUUGUAAGAAUGAUGUUAACUGGAUUGCUUCUUACUUAGAAUGAUGAGUGACUUACUUCCUAGAAAAGAAAUUGAAACUAAAUUCAAAAUGUGGUAUCAACGGACUAAGCCUUUUAGGCAUAUUUGCAGAUUGUUAAAAACUUUCCAAGCUUGGAGCAUCUAUGUUCCAAGCUGUUCUGUUUGAUUUAAUAAGACAUGGUAUGGAUCCAUGCAGGUUUAGUGAGUAAAUGCUUCAAGUUGUGUGCUGCUGAGCCAUCCAACAAGAUCCCAGUUCUGCGCAUGUGCUUGUGAAAACUUGCUUUGGGUGUCCUCUGGGAAGGGGAAAAUUAUCCAGGUAUUCCUGCUGGAAAAGCACAUAUUUGUUGAUUGGACUGAACUUAGUGUUGUUGCCUCUAGCUGUGGUGUAGCUGCUUGCACAUAACAAAUGCCUAUAUGAGUAAUAUACCAAAAAGGCUGCUGGCAUCAAUUGAAUUGUGUCACAUGAUUCAUUGACUUCAGGAGACAAUGCAUGCUCAAAGGAAAAUUCAAUGGACUGGUCAACCAAACCUGCUGUUGUCCAUCUUUCUGUGGCUAUAGAGUGCAAUUAGAGAAGGCCUGGAAGCUAAUGUUCAGGAAGGAAAGAACUUUUAUGAUCUUGAUGUCCCAAAGCACUUUCAUGGCAAAUGAAAUAUUUUUCAAGUGCAGACACUGCUGCAGUGUAGGAAAACAUGCCAGCCAAUUCUACACCAUUAUAUGCCACAAAACAAUAAUAAGAUAAAUAGUCACUUGGUAUUACAGAACUUGAAUAUUGCUGAAAAGAGAGACAUGUUGCUGAAACUUGUCAUCUUGCACUCGCCAGGACAAAUAAAAAAAAUACAAAAAAAUAUAUUAAUGAGAUAAAUGGUCAGAUUUUUUAAAAAGUGGUCAGAGAACUCCCUGCUCAGCUUCACAUAAUGCUGUGUUAUCUUUUACCCAAUUGAGGGGGCAGAUGGGACUUCGGUUUAACAACUCACCCAAAAGACAGCACCUCUGAGAGUGCAGCAUUCAGUCAGUACUGUAUUGAUGUGUCUGGGUUGAUUCUGUGCUCAAGUCUCUGGAGUGACUUUUGAGCCAUGGUUGGCAGCACAGGUAUCCAAUUGUUCCACUUCAUGUGGGUAGGAAGAAGCAGAUUUUUUUUUUAACAAAUUUGUAUUUUGAUUUUGCACAUGUCUGAGGGAAGUGUCUAGAUAUUUCUAAACUGGCGUAGUCCAUAUGAAAUAUAGUUUACCUGCUUAAUUGAUGAAAUUUAAUGCAGUGUAGCAAUUCAUAAUUAUUUUUAUCCAUCCUCUACCAAGUUACUAGAAACAGCUUUUCUCCAGGUGGGGUUUAUGGGAAAGCAAUUUGAUUUGACUGACAGAUUGACAUUGCACCUUUUCAUCCUUUUAUAUGAAACACUCCUUUUUUGAUUUAAGCCACAGAGUAUCACAGCAAGAUUUGCAGAAGAGAUUUUCAUCCAUUUUCCAAUAGAUGCAGGAUAUUUGGUUCAAAUUGAUUUUUUUAAAACUCAUUUUAAAGUAAGCUUGCAGAAAUUAGCCUUAUGGGCAUUUAGAUAUUUUAUGAAAAUUCACAUGCAAGUGUGAUUGGAAGUAAAGCCUUUUGAGUUGCACUUGGUGAGGGGGUAUGAUGAUUAUGAUGUAUUAUUGAACACACUGCUUCUGAACCCAGGUACAUGAAAGUAAACUUGCACUAAAGGGGAUACUUUGAGAUUAACCAUUCAUUUCACAAAACUAGAUAAUGACCUUAAAAGAUGUAAACAUCAAGUAAGUUUACACCGUUGGGAAUGACAAUUGUAUCGUUCACCUUUUCUUGUAUAGCAUACACUGUAUUGGAGAGUUGCACUAUGCACCACAUUUGUCACUGUGGAGAAUUUUCACUGAGUUCAGUGUUUUUUUGUUUAUUUUGUGAAGCACACGUUAUGCUUUCAAAAGUCAUUGGAUGGUUCCUGGGAAUAAGCAGCUGAUCAGUUGAAGUAAGGAUUUUUAAGAAAGUAACAAACUGUCAAAUCUUUAAGUUUUGUCAAUGUCUGAAGUUUAUUUUCCAAAAAAGCUAAAAAAAAGAUUUGUUUUAAUUUUUAAAUAUAUUAACUCCUUCAUUGGCAUAUUAUGUUUACUAGACAGAUGUCCAACAAGGUCUGAUUGAUGUGACAUUGUACAAUGUUAUGGGGAAAUAAGCACUGUAUUUUUCAGUAAAAUGGCAUCGUGAUGCAUCGUCAUUUAAUUUCAUUUAUUAGUGUUUUUAUUAUGAAUUAUUAAAAUUAUUUUCUUCAA